AUGAGAAAUUUAAUUGAGAGAAUUAUAAAAAAAAUAAAAAUUCGAAGUAUCUUCAAAAUUUACAAAGCACCAUCGAGAAGUAUGGAUGAUGUUUUACGACCGAUCUAUAUUCUAAGCAAUAUCUUUGGAUUGCGUGUUUUUGAAUUUUCACAAGAUCAUUCAAGACCAAUACUUAGUUUUAUUUAUUCUACAUCACUUUACUGUCUGUAUUCUGCCAGUUGGUUUUAUUAUAAAAGAUGGAAUAUGAACAUAAAAAUAUUUGAAUUAGAUAGAACUAUAUCUUAUUAUCCAAUUAUUAGUAAUCAAAUGGUGAUAUUGGUGAUACUUCUGAUGGGAUUAUAUCACAGCAAGGCGAUGAAAUUAUGUACAAAACGGAUAAACGAGAUCGACAAAACGCUUCGAGCUUUAGGCUCGUCGGCAUCAUUCAGCUACAUUUACAAAAGAACGAUUAUUGACUUAGUAAUCGUUAUUAUUUACGUGGUUUUUUUCAUGUUGAUAAUUAUUCUAAGAAAGGUUUUAACAGGUCAAACGAAUUACAAAUCGUGCAUAAUAGUUUACUUUCUCUUACAUAUAUAUUCUUUCAUAAUCGAAUUUUUAUUGGUCUUCGAAUUCCUUACCGUUGUAAGAUGCAUCAAAUUGGAAUUUCAACGAGCGAACGAACUUCUUGCCGAUGUCACUGUGCUAUCUGUUUCUUCAAUUGCUUCGGAAUUACGUGAACCCAGAGAAGCUGAUAGUUCUUUUUCUAUAGAACGAUCUCUUCCUGUCUAUACGAAAAAUUUAUUUAUCGUUGCACUCUCAUUAAGACAAAGGCAAUUGCAAUUACAAAUUUCGAGUAACAAAAUAAAUAGAAGUAGAACGUUGUUACGAACUAUCAGACAGGUUCAUCUGGAGUUAUACAGAAUAUCCAAAAAUCUUAGUAAUAUGUACGGCAUACAGAUAUCCCUAGAAAUUGCGAUAUGUAUUUUUCUAUAUACAUAUGUGUUAUACUGUUUUUAUGUGGAGUACAAGAAAGAAACGUACAAAAUGAGUUUUCAAUUCAUUCUAACAAUUUUGUGUUGUUUACAAUAUAGUAUGAAGAUCUUUAUCGUCAAUUAUAUUUGUGACAAAACAACGAAAGAGGCUGAACGCACCAGCGAAAUUAUUUACACAUUUUAUGGUGACAAUAAAGAUAUCGAUAUACAAAGAGAGGUAGAAAUAUUUUCUUUGCAAAUGAUGCAAUGUCGUAAUUUAUAUUCCGCAUUUGGUUUAUAUAAUCUUAAUUGCAAACACAUUUGUUCGUGUAUUGGAAUUAUAACAACGUACAUAGUUAUAAUCAUACAAGUAACCGAUGCUAUAAAAGAAAGAUCAUAA